AUGGCCUCAGCAGGGGCCAAGAGGCAGCCAGAAGCCCAGAAUGGGGCUGCGUGUCCAGGGACCGAAGAAUGUCUGGUGCCAGCAAAUGAGCCCUGCAGAACCCCAGCUGAAGACAAAUGUCCAGUAGGGCCCAGCUUAGAGCCAGAGCUCCACGAGGAAGGGAUAAACCCAGGAGAGGAAGGGCUCAAUCCAGGGGCGGAAGCAGGAGAGGAGAGAGGACCCAAGCCUACAUCACCCAUCGUGAGACCAGCACAUGGACCCAAGAGAAAGCCUCUUGUCCAAGGCCUGGCUACCCCAGGGCCAAGCUGCCAUGCCCAUCCUAGGGCAGAAGCUGAAUUGCCACCAGGGCUGCAGCAGCAGAAGGAAGAGCCAGAAGGCAGCCAUAGCGAAUCCUCACUGUCAUCGAAACAGCACAAAAAAGCCAAGAAACGCAAGAGUGUAGGGGCUCCUGCGCCCCCAGCUGUGGCCAGCACAUCUGCGCCCGCCGAGACCUUCGGGUUGGAGCGAAAAGCCCAACGCUUGCGGCCACUGUACCAGUACAUCAACUACUGCAACCCAGAGCUGAAUCAGGCAGGGGAUGGGGACAGGGAGCCGGAGGUAGAGCCUGAGUCAGAGUUAGCCCUGGUUCCUGAGGAGGCAGGCGCGGAACAGCUGCAGCUGCAGACCUUGCUGCCCAUGGCAGGUGAGCUGGCCUUAGGCCUUCCUUUGCCUUGCCCGAAUCCAUUAGUGCCGCUGACCCAUAGUCAUCCUCCUCUGGUAGAGGAAGUUGGAGAGGAACCUGGGGGUCUGUCUAGUCUAAGGGUGAGCGGUGGCCUCAAGGCUGAGGUGGAUAAGACAACCCAAGUGGAUAUUGACAAGAUGUUGAGUGUCUGUGCUGCCCCUCUUGUGCCCCCACUCUCCCCCCAGUACAAAUGACCAUCUGUCUCCCCAUUGAGAAUGCCCCUGCUCUAGGCCCAAACA